GCGCUCCAGUCCCUUCUUCAUUUCAUCUACAAGUACUCGAGUACUCGUACAGUCUCACCUCGCUAUCCUGGAUGGCCAAAAUCCGAGGAAUUUGUCUGGUACAGCGAGGGAUUCGGGACAGCGGGUGAGGUUUUGGUGGAACGAAACCCCGAGUUCACCGAGAUUCAUACGGGACAGCGAGGUAUCCGGAUUAUCGAAAUGCGGGACUGCGAGGUGUGACUAUACUGGCGCUACUGGAUACCUCUGCUCGAGUACCGGCACCUACGAGUACUUAAAGUUCCCUCUUCUUGCUUUUGCCUUCGCUUCGCUCAUUGUGGCGCGUUGGUUCAGCUAGGAACCUACCUGUUCCAGAAAGAGUUUCCUUGGUUGUCACUUAAUUUCAAUUAUAAGGUUGCAGUAGCGCGUUUUGAUUUAAGGUCAUCUACGAGUACUUGUGCCCAGGUAAGUUACUGAGUAUCUAUUCGGGAGUGGACCAAGAUCCAAGUCUCAGGAGAAAGCCCCUUUUCUCGUGGAUGCCAGUUGUACUAGAGUACUCGUCCCGCAUGCCACUCGAGUACUCACCAGGACUAUCACCGUUCCUGUCAAGAACCCGUUCCGACCUAACUCGAAAAAGUGUUUCCCCUGGUCGAGGUCUUGAGUGGAACUGCCAGAUUUGGCGCCAAGAAUAGUGUUACGGUACUGUACUUGUUCAUACCCCAAUUUCCCCAAUUCUGCAAAUUUGCCCCAGAAUCCCCUAUCUGGGGCUGACUGCCACUACUUGUAUAGUACAAACCUGGAACAGCAGACAGUGUUCUGCUACCGAGGUACUCGUCAUGGGCGCCGGUACCAAGUACUCGAGUACUGUACCUGAUAUUGUUGACACACACGGGGAAGGUCUCUGCCACCCACAACCGUGUGGAAAUUGUCCGAUUUUCAUCCAGUGUCACAACCUUUUUCCGGUAACCCUUGCUCGAACAUUGCAAUUUUGUUACUCGGGUGUAGAUUCACUCGUGCGGACUGCUCAUCGGGAUUAUAAGAUAUGCUAUCGGGGUCGAUGGCAGUCAAUUACCGGUACCGUACUUUUUAUGUCACAUGUACCAACGCCCCGAACCUGCGUGACAAAUGAGCGGGCGUCGACGCAGGUCCUUCUUCUUCCAGGGGCAAUAUUUCACCUGGUCGAGUUGUGGUUGGGGACAGGACAGUGCCACCUCUCUCACCUCUCGGCCUACCGGUAGCCCAACCUUCGGGCAUCAUCAUCCCACGUCCGUUCUGGAGCACCAGUACUGUAGAGGAUUUUUCGCCGACACAAGAUUCUCUCGAUCAGAAACGGUAACCCUCUGUUUUAGGUAUGAGAUACUGGUACUCGAGUACGGGUACAUCACAACCCACGCAUCUCCCGCUUCUUGGCUGGUUUGGGACAGAUGGCCCGUGUCAAGCGCCACUCCAACCUCCUCGCCGUUUGUUCACGGAGGCAUACCGUACUCUCGUCCUCGAUGGCAGCGGCUACGAGUACACUGUCGGCCAGGGUCAGUGCCGUACCCACCGGAAAUUACCGUUCUAUAGCCAAGAGACGCUUUCGGACCCUUGUCACUUAUCCUGGCGCUUUCAUAGGCUGCUUGCCAUGGUCAACGGCUUAUACUGUGCUCGAAUACUCCUAUAGUCACCACCCCCUUUGUCCUUCCCGCCCUGCCAACCGUAUAUGAGCAGGCUUCCCCCCUGGUGCAAACUUCCCCUUACCGUCCUUCUUGUACCAUCGUCCCUUGUUACGAUCCCAGCUUCAGUUCCCGUAUUCCCUUUCAAGAUUUCGUUUUAGUUGCCUUCGAGCUUUCGCGACAAUUAAGUGGAGGGGAUCCCUAUCUUUUGUCGGUGACCAUCCAAGCUCGACCACGAUGGCUCGCUCCCACAGUUUUGUCGUUGGGGGCUUCCUUGUCCUGUCUGUUAUGCUUAGCUCCACUACUGCGGAAUCGAAAUGCGAAACGGGGAUGGUGAUCAACUCGAUCGCAUACUGCAAUCGCGUUGAGAGUCUUGGAUAUAACAACAUCGGACAUACGGGUGACUACCAAGAUGUCACAGGCAUGGAUAAGCAGUCUUGCAAAUGUACCUACACUCCGAAGAAGUUUUCUGGACCUGGUGCUCCUAUAAAUGAACCGGUAAGCACCGAAAACUAAAACUAUCUUUCUUUACACGACGUUAACCUGGGUCAGUUUUCUGUUCACUUCCGUGGCCCUCUUGGCUUGAAACAGUAUGCCUACUAUACCACUGAUAACAAGAAGUCCAAACGUUCAGAGGAGCACCUGCGGCGUCAUGCCCACGGCCACAAUCACAGGCGCGUGGCUGAGCCAGCUUUGGAAGUUGUUACCGAGUAUGCUACUACUUACAAGACAGUCGAUGCCGAGGUCACUGCGACCCCCGCGGCGAACAAUGUCAAGAAUAAUGGUCCAUCCACUUCGGUUGGCCCACCACCCGCCGUCGUCAAGCCCGAUACCGGCCCUAAGCCGGAUGACACCGAUUCUGCUAGCGGAACAUUCAGUCGCCAGGCGUACUACAAUGCUGAGCUACGUACAUCAGAAGGCCUUGUUUUCAUGAAUCAUUAUGGUGGACAGGGAUCCGGCGAUUUCGACAUGUGAGUUUGCUUCUUGGAUUCUGGUUAAUAAGUCUACUAAUAUUGAACAGGGAUUGCUUUGGGCAGUCAAUUUCCUAUGCUAACAAAGACAACACCGGCGGCUCCUCCAAGCCAGAGACUCUGGAUGAUAUCAUUCUCGCCUCUGGCAGUGAAGUUAUAAUCUUCUCCGAUAAGAAGUGUGCCGAAAAUGACUGUGGGUUCUACAGGCCCGGAAUCCCAGCCUAUCGUAUGUUAAGUCCAGCACCAUUGCAUAACCCAUUACUUACGCGUGAACAGAUGGCUUUGGAGGAGACAUGAGAGUAUUCGCUUUCGAAUUUAUCAUGCCCCGCGACAAGGGAGAUGUCAGUGGAAAGGGCGCUCAUGAUGUUCCGGCUCUGUGGCUCUUGAACGAUAAGAUCGCCCGAGUUGCACAAUAUGGGAUCAAGAGUGGUCCCUGCUCUUGUUGGCCGGAUUGUGGCGAGUUUGAUAUCUUCGAGGCUCUUCCCGGGAAUCCCACAGCUGGACAGUCCGCCGUCGACAUGAUCAAGACCCAUCUACACUGCGCGCAGGGUGGAAAAUCUGGCGGUGGCGGUAACAAAGACUUCUUCGAUCGCCCUCUCCACUCAACCAUGAAGCUUGCUGCAAUCUUUACCGGCGAGUAUGCCUUCAUAACUAGGCUUCCCGAUGACACCAACUUCGGCAAGACCUUUAGCGCCAAUCUCAUCGCCGAGGCCAAGAAAACCAAAUCCAUGUUCAAGAUCCCAAGUUGAUUCCUGCUUAAUUAUAGAAUAUACUCGCGUCAGCUAGUCGUGGUAACAACAAGCACAUGGCGUUCAUUAAUUGUUUUGAUUGUUUAUUUUACUACUGUAAUUUCCUUAUAUCCUUCUACUUGCUAUCUUCUUGCUACGCGAAUACCCUGUGGUGCAGAGCGAAUAGGAUUGCAAUGAGUGUUCGUGAUCCUAUCAUGGAAUUAGCGAAAAACCUGCUUCUGAUGUCCAGGUUACUCGUCGAUAGGAAUGUUUGUUUUUGUUGCUUCGUGUGUGGCAUUUCGGCAGAUAUGGUUACCGCAAUCAGUAUGCUUACAUGGGAGUACUUUAAGAACUCAAAUAAUAAAUCCUACUGUAAAGGGGUUAGUUAAUGGUAAGAGGUGGGGAUUCCGGUGCAAUGGAUGUUAAUAAAAUCUAAGGAGCUGUUGGGGAACCAUGGUUUGUAAGGUAUAAUGUGUUUGUCUCCACAAAGUUUGUAAGGUGAAAGUUUUGUACCUUAUAAACUGUUACUUGAAAGUUUCUUAAAGGUUUGUAUGAUAGGAAAAGGAUUCACCUUACUAACCUGUAAACUAGAGGGUUAGUAUGUUCAUAAAAUUAAUAAUGCAUUCACCGUACUUUGAAUUAAA